UGAACAAGUCAAUAAAUGAGCUUAGAGAGUAGUAGGUAGGUGUCGCCGUUGACAAGGAGAGGAACCCAACUGUAUUGAAUGUUACUUUUUUCCAAGCUCCCGUUGAGCUGUCUUCAUUUAGGAUCGAUCCAAUCUCUUUCUUUCUAACUCUCUCCCCCCCUAAUCUCGAGAUCUGUCUCCCAAAGAUACGGAAUGGAAAAGAAAGAGACCAAGCAACAUGUGGUAGCAGAAGCUGAGCAAGGGAAUGGGACGUUGAUAGAAGAUGAGAUCGAGAGGAGCAAAGUCGGCAUCAUGAGAGCUCUUUGCGACCGACAAGAUCCUUCCACUAAGGAAGUGGAUGACCUGAUGAUCAGGCGGUUUCUGCGGGCGCGUGACAUGGACAUUGAAAAGGCUUCAACGCUCUUCCUCAAGUACCUGGCCUGGAAGAAAAGUGUUCUCCCAAAGGGGCACAUACCUGAAUCAGAGAUCGCCAAUGAUCUGUCACACAAUAAAGUGUGUAUGCAGGGACAUGACAAAAUGGGUCGUCCUAUCGUUGUUGCCUUUGGGAACAGACAUAACCCUUCUAAAGGCAACCCUGACGAGUUCAAGCGUUUUGUAGUCUACACGCUGGAGAAGAUAUGUGCAAGAAUGCCAAGAGGUGAAGAAAAGUUCACAGCCAUAGGAGAUCUGCAAGGGUGGGGAUAUUCUAAUUGUGACAUCCGCGGCUACCUUGCUGCUCUUUCCACUUUGCAGGAUUGCUACCCAGAGAGACUAGGGAAACUCUACAUAGUGCAUGCGCCCUACAUUUUCAUGACCGCAUGGAAGGUCGUUUACCCCUUCAUCGACACCAACACCAAGAAAAAGAUUGUUUUCGUGGAGAACAAGAAACUCACGGCAACUCUGCUUGAAGACAUUGACGAAACCCAACUUCCAGACAUCUACGGUGGCAAGAUGCCACUUACUCCUAUCCAGGACUCCUAAUGUUGGAUGCUGUUACUUGCUUCAAGCCCCAGCUACUUCCCCAGCUACUCUUAUCUCCAAACUAUUACCCUACUUUUUUUUUUUUUUUUUUUUUUUUGUCACGGGCGGUCUCCGGAUUCCCAGAGGACUCGAACCCAGGUGCCUUGGGAUCCAGUUCACUCUAGUGUUACCACUAGGCUAUUCUGUCCCGGCAACUAUUACCCUACUAUUCUUUGUAUUUUGAGUUAAAACUACAAAAAAACUUAUUGAGUAUUGCCAAUUUUAUAGGUAGUUAUAUAUAUAGAUUGAUAUUUUUAAUU